AUGGUUAUUCGUGUGUCGAAUACCAACCCCGGAAAAAGAGUGCAUCCAGUAAGCCUAGUGGAUUGUGUGAGUCCAAUGGUUAGCUGUGUGUCGGCAACCAAGGCAGCUCGUUACAGUGUGUCAGUAACGAUGGAGCUUGGACUACACAAGGAAAGAAAGUGGACAGUGACCGAUCUGUGUGAUCGAAGUGUGCAAAACAAAAAGGGCAUUGAGAGUCAUUCCAGUUUGUAUAACCGAGUGUCGGUCCCCUAUUGCUUUCGUUUCUUCUGGAUUGGCCCCUAUCCGGCCAAAGAUUAUAUCGGCAAUGAAACGUGUGAGGAGCGCAUAAAUAAUGAAAAUAUACCCUGCCGUAGACCCAUUGUGGCCACCCACAAUGACAACAUUCCCGAUACUGUGGAUUUGUGGGCAAAAUAUAAACAUAAUCCCGAUGCCAUAGCCUGUGCCAUGAUACCGGGACAGUUGUGUGUUAAAUAUACAUAUUUCCACAAUAAGGCUGUUCAAAACAUAACAUAUAUGUGUGCCAAAGUCAAUACCACAACCGGUUGUUAUCGGCAAAAAUUCAUAUCCGGUUCUGAGGUGGAAGUGUGUGUCUGCGAGUCCGAGUUGGGAGGAAUGCCCUGCAACAAUACAAGAAAAACCAGGACCAACAAAAAAUCCCAUCGUCGGCAUGAAGACAACGUUCAGGAAUAA